GUGAACAUUCCGCUACCUGAUGACGACGAAACUACAAAAAAUUGUAAACUACCACAUCGUAUUCCAUUCGAAAGUGUUGACAAAACAGUAACUGGAUUUCUUCUUGCACGAGCUACUUGGUCAACGGAAAGCAGAAUAGAAGAACGUCGCGGGAAAGACUUACCAGAGCAGUCUGCUCGAGCGCAAUCGUUCUCACUCAUACCACCUGAGGUUCGUUUGAUCAGUGAUGAAGAGUUCGAAUCGAAUUCACGAUGGGAUGCACUGGAAAAGAGAUUUCUGAACCGAAAUGCAGUCGGAAGAAAGAGGUUACUGGAACGCGAACAUGAUGCCUCCGAGCUGACGUAUUCGGAAAUCGUUCGCGAGGAUCCUCUGCCUCUGCCCGGUGUAUUUGGUGCUAUUGGUACAAUCUUCGGUCCUGCAGACGUGUCAAGAAAACUGAAACCAAUGCGUCGAUUGGUACCUCGACAACAGAAUCUUUCUACAACACUGCAACUGAUGGUGAAUGUACAGGUAGCGGCGAAUUUGUCUACCAGAAAUGAUGGACAAAUUCAUCCUUUUGUUGAGGUUUCAUUCCAGAACAACUCGAUGUGUACGCAUGAAGGGUCUGGACGCCAUCCGAAUUGGCAGCACAGUUUGUCACUUCCAGUGAGUGGUGCCGAUGAUCCGAAAUCGAUUACAGACACCAUACAACUGAAUGUUUACGAUCAGGUACAAGAUUCUUGUGAUCGUGGUGUGAUCAUUACCUAUGUUGUCUGCCUUUAUAAUUCAAUGUUAAGCCAUAUUAGCAGUGGUGCUGAUGAUGGUCGUGGUGAUCGUGAUGCCCAUGGUGACCAUGACGAUGAAACAUAUCGCGUAAUAUGCUGUGAUGAUGAUGACGAUGAGGUUCUUGGUGAUGGUGAUGAUCCUCUUGCACGAUAA